UUCUCCCGCACGGCACGCGCCGGCGUUUCCCGAGUGGAGGCGCGAGCCGCUACCUGCGCGCGUUCCAGCGGCUUGCUGCCGCGCGGUGACGUCAGAGGCCACCACCGCCCCGGCCGCAGUGUGUCCGUGAUUUGGAGCUGAUGGAGACGGGGACGCGGCCUUCUCCUGCCGCCAAGCGCCGUUCGGGAGCCGCGCCUUCCCUCUGAGAAGAGGGCGGACAUGUUGGGAGAAGAGAAGAGCUGAGGCGGAUAUGGGGGGAAACACGCCUUUUGUGUGGCAGGAAUGCGACGGGAGCUCGUUUUUCCAGGAGAACCGGCCCGUUUGUGCGCGCCGCUGUCCGCCGUGGGCUUUCGGGGGUCUUUCCUGUAGGCGGCCGCUGGAGCGGAGCGCGUGAACGGCGGAGCGACCUGCACGAUCCCCCAGCCCGGCAAAACGGCACCGGCGGGAGCACCGCUUGGGCUUAAAUUCGGGUAAACGGGCUCGGUUACUAGCCAGGCCGGGCAGAGUGUGGCGGCAGAGAAAAGCAGGAAUGUGAGUGGUGGAGGGUGGCGCUGCGGUUUGUUUAAUAAUGCAUGAUGAGAGCGUGAAGACGGAGCUCCGUCCUCUGCUCUGGGCUCCCCGACUGUGACUGUCCCUCCCUGUGGGCUCCUCCGAUCAUCUUUCUGUGGGGUCUGCAUCGCUGCUGCUGCAGCUCUCUAAAACAUGUCCAUUAACGAGUCCUCCCCGAUGUGGUCCUUAGUCAUCCCGCUCAUCUCUAGGUAACUACUAGUAGUAGUGUGUGUGUGAGUGAGAGCGACAGCGAGUGAUCAUCUGGUCCUCAGCUGCUAGUUAGCUCUCAAGCUAGCUGCCCCAGCACCCCACCGCGGCUUCUUUGGCCGCCCCUUUUUAAGGACUAAAUGCGGGACCCCAGACGCCUUUCCACGCGGGGAAAUGUCUCCGCUUGCACCGCGUUUCUUUCACCGGGCGGGUGUCUCCGUGGGCCGCCGGCGCGGCGAGGGUUUCACUGCAUGCAGUCCACCCGAUGCGCUGGAGACUGACUGACUGAGUCGAGUGGAGUGGAGCACGUCGGUGCUGAGCGGUAUCCGAAGCGCCUGUGAAAUGGGAGCAGUCGUGCGCGUCUCCAGAGCGGCCACUGGCAGCCCGAAGUGUCCCACCCGCGGACACACACACACUGCGGCGUGAAGACCGAGGCGAGCUUUGUGCCGCUCGGGCUCCUUUCUAUUACUAGUAGUAGUAGCCUGUCUAAAACAGCCGGCGAGAUGUCGAAAGCGGCCACUAAGGAGAAGAAAUCCUUCAGCAAGAAGCUCUUCCGCCGGGGCUCCGUGCGCUCCGUGGGCAGUUUCAUGAGCCGGGUGCUGCGGACCCUGUCCACCCUGUCCCACUUCGGUACCGAGGAGCACCCGGCCGAGGAGGAGAAGGACGACGGGGGCUUCGCCGCCUUCAAGAGCGGGGGCACGACCGUCCCGUCGGACGACAGCGACUGCGGCGGGGGCGGCUUUCUGUUCGGAGACAAAGUGCCCGGAGUGGCCGGCCUCAAGAACCACGGCAACACCUGCUUCAUGAACGCCAUCCUGCAGUGCCUGAGCAACACGGAGCUGUUCGCCGAGUACCUGGCGCUAGAGCAGUACCAAGGCGAGGAGGAGGACAGGGCGGACAAGGCCAACGGUGUGUGCGCGCAGCGCAAGGGCGCGCAGGCCAAGGGGGAGGUCACCGAGAAGCUGUCCGGGCUCGUCCGAGCGCUGUGGACCUUCGAGUACACGCCGCAGCACAGCCGCGAGUUCAAGAAUGUGGUGUCAAAGAGUGCCCUGCAGUUUAGGGGUAAUGCCCAGCAUGAUGCCCAAGAGUUCCUGCUCUGGCUACUGGACCGCGUACACGAAGACCUCAACAACAUCGUCCACCCCAGCAGCAGGGCUUCCAUAAAGCCCCCGGUCGAAGAGGACGACGAGGCGUCGGAAGGCCCCUCUCUACCAGUGGCUGGCUCUUUUGUGCAGGAGCUUUUUCAGGCCCAGUACAGGUCCUCUCUCACGUGCCCUCACUGCCAGAAGCAGAGCAACACCUUUGACCCCUUCCUCUGCAUCUCUCUGCCCAUCCCCUUGCCUCACACCAGGCCCCUGUACGUCACCGUGGUGUACCAAGGGAAGCGCUCUCACUGCAUGAAGAUCGGUGUGGCUGUGCCCCUCAACAGCACCGUGUCCCGACUGAGGGAAGCCGUGUCCAAGGAGACCAAGAUCCCCCCUGACCAGAUCGUUCUCACUGAAAUGUACUAUGACGGGUUCCAUCGCUCCUUCUGCGACGAUGACGAUGAUCUGGACUUCAUUCAAGAAAGUGACUCAAUCUUUGCAUUUGAGACUCCGGAAGUAUUCAGACCUGAACAUAUUCGCUCUCAGAGAGGAAGCCUACAUGCAAAUUUAAACCAGAACAACCUGAAAUAUGGAACAGAGCACAACAGGACGUCUUCUUAUAUACAAGGCGCGGUGAAGCCGGCGUUGGGCACCAAUAAGAAUGCAGGGAUGGACAAGAUCAUCCUCCUGGUCUGCAACAGGGCCUGCACUGGACACCAGGGAAGGAGGUUUGGUCAUCCUUUUGUACUGUACUUGGAGCGUACUGUGACCUGGGAUGUUCUGCAGAAGGAAAUCCUAGAGAAGAUGCGGCAUCUGCUGAGGCCAGGAGUGUACAUCCAGGUUGGUCCAUUCAGCUUGCGGGUGGUGGGAGUGGUUGGGAUCACGUACCUUUUACCUCAGGAGGAGCAGCCUCUUUGUCACCCUUCUGUCGAGAGGGUGUACAAAUCCUGUGGGCCGGGGGGGCCUCCACACGUCAAAAUAGUGGUGGAAUGGGACAAAGAGACCAAGGAUUACCUCUUUGGCCACACAGAGGACGAGUACAUCCCAGAUGCGGAGAGUGUGCGCCUGCAGAGAGAGCAGCACCAGCAGCCGCAGACCUGCACCCUCGCACAGUGCUUCCAGCUGUACACCAAAGAGGAGCAGCUCGCCCCGGACGACGCCUGGCGGUGCCCGCACUGCAAGCAGCUACAGCAGGGCAGUAUCAAGCUGAGCCUCUGGACCUUGCCGGACAUCCUCAUUCUGCACCUGAAGAGGUUCCGACAGGAGGGAGAUAGGAGGAUGAAGAUGCAGAACAUGGUGAAGUUCCCUCUUGUGGGCAUGGACAUGGCACCCCACAUGGUGAAGAGGAGUCAGAGCAGCUGGAGCCUGCCCUCACACUGGUCGCCCUGGCGACGACCCUAUGGGAUGGGUCGAGAUCCAGAAGACUACCUUUACGACCUGUAUGCAGUGUGCAACCACCAUGGCACCAUGCAAGGGGGACACUACACAGCGUACUGUAAGAACUCCAUUGAUGGACAGUGGUACUGCUUUGACGACAGCGACGUUCAGCUCAUAUCUGAGGACGAAGUUUGCAAGCAGACGGCCUACAUCCUGUUCUAUCAACGGAGGGCCACCAUUCCUUCCUGGUCUGCAAACAGUUCAGUAGCAGGUUCCACCAGCUCCUCCCUGUGUGAGCACUGGGUGAACCGGCUCCCAGGCAGCAAGCAGGCCAGCAUGGCAUCCGCCACCUCCUCUCGACGCACCUCGCUCAUCUCGCUGUCGGAGUCGGUGGAGUUCACCGGGGAGCGCAGUGAAGACGAUGCUUUUGAAUUUCUGGCUAACAAAGGAUCUACUGCCAUGCUGAGAGGAUUCUCAACCCGGCCCUUCGUGCGGAGCGUCCAGCGGCAGAGUUUUUCUUCGCGGUCGUCCACUGCCAGCCCUCUGGCUGUCAGCGAGAAUGGGAGCAAGCCCUCGUGGUCGCUCUCGGCCAAACUCCAGAUGAGGUCCAACUCCCCGUCACGCUUCUCCUUAGACUCCCACUCAUCGCCCACUCUGGAGCGGAUAGGAGAAGCGUGCGACGACAAGGUCUCCACCUCAUGUUUUGGCAGCUACAGCAGGCAUGAGCGCCACUCUGGGGGCAAAGCGCCUCUCGCGGCGGUCGAGGGCGUCACCAGCGAUGAGGGUGACGGCAGGAGGUCCGUGGAUGAGGCCUACUGCAAAGCCCCACCGCAGUCCGGCAAGAAGAGCUCCAGGGCUGAGCCAGAGAACAACAAUCAGGCCACCCCGGACACGGGGAUGUCCUCCAAGGAACCAAAACACCGCUCUGGUUCGGGGGUGUCCUUGGCCAAGGCCGACGGCACCGGUGCCAAGAGGGGCUCUGCCAAAGCUUCGGUGGAGCCUGAGAAGAGUUCAAAAAAGCGCCAGCCGUCCUCUACUGCCUCCCAGGUGUCCUUGAGUCCUCAGGUCAAGGGUUCCACCAAGGCAUCCACUUCCAAGGACAAGAGUGACUCUGGGAAGAGCGGCAAGGCGUGUCCUUCAGGAACUCCUACCAAGAAGGAUCCCGCCCAGGACCAGGGGGCCGUGCUCUCGGCGGCGUCCCAGCACAGGCAGCGGCUGUCGUCGACGCCGCAGUCCUCCGCCUCCCCUUCCCCCACCAGGAGGAAGACCCUGUCGGGAGCAGACCGGAGCUCGGCGUCUGGCAGGAGCCGGCUAGCGGAGCGGAGCGCGAGCCGGGACUUGGCGAGGGCCAGCGCCUCCACGGAGAAGCCUGGUGUAGUGGCGUCGCGCGGCAGCAGUACAGCACGCUCUUCCCUCGCCCGCAGCUCGGAGGGAGGCAGAGUGGUGAGGAGCUCCAGCAGCAGCUCCUCGGUCACGAGCCUGCGCUCCUCCAGCGUCUCAUCCAGGGACCUGCGAAGGAACAGUAAGUCUGAGGACAAGGGGCUGUCCUUCUUCAAAUCGGCGCUCCGCCAGAAAGAAACGCGGAGAUCGGCUGAUUUUGGCAAGACCGCCAUGCUGGCAAAGAAGUCCUCUGAGGGGACGGCCAGGCCGAGCGCCGACGCUAGAAGUGGCGCGCUGGGGGCGGGAGAGGGCUCAGGUAAGACGCUACGGCAGGUGUCCCCAGAGCCGCAAACAGCCAAGGAGUCCUCGAAGGCCUCUAGCCCUGUGAAACGCUCUCUGCUGCCUGCCAGCAAAUCCAAGUCUUCCUCUCCUGAGCUGCCUCAGUCUCCCGGAAACGGUAAAAAGCCCACCGAUAAGACCACGUCCUCUGGAAAACUUUCUUCCAGCAUGCAGUCGCCCGCACGAGCUACACCGAAGCAUCAGUGAUAUUUCGUUUGCAGCUUUUUUUUCCUGUGAUGAAGCUUUUUUUUAAUG